AAGAUUAAAACAGGUCUUCCAUCAUUACAGUCAGUUUUCCAGUCAGCUCCAGCAGUCUGGACCAUAGACCUCUCAGAGAGAGAGACCUCCAUCCUCCUGGAAAUGCUGACACUCGAACCAGAGAAGAAACCAGUGGAGCUGACAGGCUGCUCACAGGAUGAGAGUGAAGUGAGGAGUUUUCCAAAAUGUCUACCCUCGCAGUUCAGUGAUGUUGUUGGGACAACUGAGGCGUCAAAAGAGCAAACCGGAAAGGCAGAUGAUUCUGCUCCUCCGGUAAAAAAGAGAAGAAAGGAAGAGGAAGCAGACAGUACAAACACAGAGUCUUCAUCAAGCUUCACACCUGAAAUGGAAACUGAAUCUCAAAGGGUCUUAUACAGGUUCAGGUGUACUGGUCCAGGAGCGUUCCAGUGUACUCUCACAAGAAUGGUGUUUGUGAUGAAGAAGGAGGCAGAGGUGCUGUACAGAACUUGCCCAUGGCCUGACGACCUCCUACAGUCAGCUGGAAAAUCUCCAGCAGGGAUGCUGUUCAGCAUCGAGGCUUCUGAGGGGGCAAUCAGUCAGCUCCACCUCCCACACUGUGAAACAAAGGAGGCUUUGUUAGGUAAUGGAUUGCUGUCAGUCGCCCACAUCACUGAUAAUGAGGGAAUGACCAUUCUGGAGCCAGCAACUAUCACAGAUACCCAUGUAUUGGUGGAUGUCCCCCACCUCUCGCUCCUAGGCCUCAUGCGUAGUGCAUUGCAAAGAUUGAUGAAGCUGCCAGUAAACGGCCAAGUCCUGCUGUUCCACAAGCGUCCAUGUACGCUGUACGUGCUUCUGCUGCAGGACAACAUUCCUCUAUCAGAGGUUUCUGCUCAGUAUGAAGAAUCUGAGCACAUCAGGGUCUCAUCUGAAUGUCGUCUCAUCUUUGAUCAAACCUACAGUUUACGUAGUGAACCUGAGGCCUCGGUAGACCCUGAGAGCAAGCCAUUUCUCACGGGGUAUGGACCUAAUUUCCAUCCAACCUUUGUGGUUACCAUGACUCCAGACCCAGACAGGGUGACCUUGGUGCUCCAAGACCAUCAAUGCUCUGAAGUCUGGAAACACGGUUUUCACCUAGCAGGUCCUCCAUCUCAAAAUUUGUCAUCAGUAGGUGCAUCAAAGGUGUGUUAUGAAUAGAGUCGG